GGCCCGCCCGCGCCCCGCCGGGGAAGUGGAGUCGUGGCCCCCGCUGCCCCCGGUCCCCGGCGGCGGCUCCGUCCUCCCCUCCUCCCUCCGUGCGCCUCCCGCCCAUUUCCUCUCCCCCGCCCCGCUCGCCGCCGCUCUGCAGGCGUGCGGCUCGCCCCGCCGCCACCGCGGGCUCCGAGCUGCCGGGAAGCCGCCGUGAAGCUGCCGUGAAGCCCCCGGGAAGCCCUCGCGCAGCCGCCGCCGCUCCCAGGCCGCCGCCGGACCUCGCUUCGCCAGGCGGGCGGUCGAGCCCUGUGCGCUCUGUCUGAAGAGGCUCCAAGAUAGGUGCGCUGCCCCCGCGCCCGGCAGAGGAUGGGGAAGCAGAACAGCAAACUGCGCCCCGAGGUGCUGCAGGACCUGCGUGAGAACACCGAGUUCACGGACCACGAGCUGCAGGAGUGGUACAAGGGCUUCCUGAAGGACUGCCCCACAGGCCACUUGACCGUGGAGGAGUUCAAGAAGAUCUACGCCAACUUCUUCCCCUACGGCGACGCCUCCAAGUUCGCCGAGCACGUCUUCCGCACCUUCGACACCAACGGCGACGGCACCAUCGACUUCAGGGAGUUCAUCAUCGCGCUCAGCGUCACCUCCCGCGGCAAGCUGGAGCAGAAGCUCAAGUGGGCGUUCAGCAUGUACGACCUGGACGGCAACGGCUACAUCAGCCGCGGCGAGAUGCUGGAGAUCGUGCAGGCAAUCUACAAAAUGGUUUCAUCAGUAAUGAAAAUGCCAGAGGACGAAUCCACUCCCGAGAAGCGAACAGACAAGAUCUUCAGACAGAUGGACACAAACAAUGAUGGUAAGCUGUCCCUGGAAGAGUUCAUCAAAGGUGCCAAGAGCGACCCCUCCAUCGUGCGGUUGCUACAGUGCGACCCCAGCAGCGCCAGCCAGUUCUGACUGCAGCGGACAUUGCGCCCAGCGCCCCGGGCCGGCCUCCCCCUGGGCCGGCCUCCCCCCGGGCUGGCCUUCCCCGGGCUGGCCUGGCCCCGGCUGGCCUGCCCCCAGCUGGCCUGCCCCAGGCUUUGCUCGCAAAUGGAUGCCUUCUCCCCCACCUCCCCACUGGCAGACCCUCCGUGUGCGUCCCCAGUGACACCAGUGCAGCUCCCUGUCGGCAGCUCCCCCGGGCUCC